CACUUGUCAUUGACUUUGAAAUGAAAUGAGAUGACAUCAUCAUUGUGUUGACUAUUUUCAGUAUCAUGGGGUAUGACUGCAAGGAACAGACAGAAGUAAGAUGAUGUAGCGCACUGCUCGGAAUCAUAUUUUGGUAUGCCUUACAUCACACCUGGUUGUAAUUAUGGACGAACAGUCGCUGAAUGAGUUGUUGGAAUGUUCUGUCUGUCUGGAGAGACUUGAUGGAACUAGUAAGGUGCUUCCUUGCCAACACACGUUCUGUAGGAGAUGUUUAGACGAGAUUGUCAGCACAAAACAUGAACUUCGAUGUCCAGAGUGCAGAACUCUUGUUGAAAUACGUGUUGAAGAUCUACCACUCAAUAUUCUUCUUGUACGAUUACUGGAAGGAAUCAAAACUAAACAGGCAACUGAGAGGUCUUAUUCUCCCACCUCUGGGAAAGAAAUAAUUCAAAGUACAGCACAUGGCAGUCGAUCUUCAAGACAGUCUCCAAACAACAGCCAUGCAUGUGCCAAAGCUUUAUAUAACUAUGAAGGGAAGGAUCAAGGAGAUUUGUCCUUUCGGAAAGGUGACUUGAUACUGCUUCGGAAAAAGGUAGAUGAGAACUGGUAUCAUGGGGAUCUUGGUGGCCAGCAUGGCUUUUUUCCUGCAAGUUAUGUUCAGGUAGUGAUCCCGUUACCUGUCACUACGCCCCAAUGUAAAGCUUUGUUUGACUUUGAUGUGAAUGAUGCAGAGAAAGAUUGCUUAGCAUUUAAAAAGGAAGAAUACUUGACUGUGAUAAAGAGAGUGGAUGAUAACUGGGUGGAAGGGAAAAAGGGGGAAAAAAUUGGCAUUUUCCCUAUCUCGUUUGUUGAGAUGAAUGAUGCUGCCAAAUCAUUAAUCAACUAUAAAGCAAAAUCGUUAGAAAUCAGCAGUAACAGUGCUGGUAACCUGAUUAUAGCAACUCCUCGCUCCAUGUCACCUCCGCCCCUCCCCUUUUAUAACCACGAGUCUCACGAGGGAGCAGCUGCUGGCAAAAGCCUGCCCUCCUCUAGUGCAACACAGGAUGUAAAAGUUGCUGGUGCUGAUGGGACAUCCUCUAAUACUCAGAAAGGGUCACCACAUGAGGGACUGAAGGCACCGCCAGGCAUUAGUUCAGUGGUAUAUGUAGCUUUAUACAACUACAAGCCUACCAAGGAGGAUGAGGUAGAACUGAAGAAAGGAGAUUAUUACACAGUGUCAGAUAAGUGUCAGGAUGGCUGGUUCAGGGGGCAGUGUCUCAAGUCUGGUCGUACUGGUGUUUUCCCUGGCAACUAUGUCCAAACAGUCAGGCACCAAAGUGCUUUUCGUGCUGUUGGAAGCUCCAAUGUGUUAAAUAUAAGGGCCAAGCCUCAGGUGAUGACAGCACCAGCCACUACCACAGCUGCUGCUCCAACAUCCUCUGUCCCACCUUGCACCUCCACGACCUCUGCUUCAGCUGCUGGUGUCACACCAAUGUCUGGGUCACCACAACUCAACUCAAGACGCAGCCGAUCCCCCAAACGUCAUUCUGUUACACCUCCCAGAGCCACAUCAUCGCCCCAGCCAUCCAGUAGUCGUGCCAAACUACCAUCUCCACCAUCAUCUGUCAUUGUGUCUUCUUCAUCUUCCUCUUCACCGUCCUCUGUGCCAGUUUUGUCCAGCUCCAAGUCCAGCCAGACAACAUCAUCAUCCUCAUCUGUAUCAUCUCGCUCUGUUGCUCACUCAUCAGAUAGUCGUACAGUGCCCACAGGUGCUAAUGCUCAGGUUCUUCACUCGUCACACAAAUCAUCAAGUCAUUCAUCACACAGGUUAGAUCGUUCGAGCUCAGCCCAUAAGUCAUCAUCUAGCAAUGCAGCUAGUCACCAGCAUGUUCCAAAGCCAGUCUCUAUCGCCAUGACAAAUUACCAAUCUCAACGGUCGGGCACCUCCACCAACCACCAAGGACCAGCAUUCCUUUCACCUGAGUUAUCAGCCAUGCAAAAAUCAAUGGCUACUAGUGCUAACAUCACGCCACCUAAUGUUGUCAUAGGGCCUUCAGGAGAUGGACCUAGUGCAGCACUACAGCUGCCAAAGGACAAAAAGGAGAAGAGAGACAAAGAGAAGAUCAGCCUUGUAAAGCGCUUGACCUCUGGGAAGAGCAGGAAGUCCAAGUCCACUGCAGUAGAAGAUGCAGGAUCAGCAGCUGCUGCAGCCUCCGGUGCUGCCAGCUCUCUAGUAUUGGAAAACAACAACACUAUUUCCCAUGUAAGGUCAGGAUCGUGCCCCUCAGAUACCUCCAGUCUGCUGUCCGUGGAGACCUCUCUACAUGUUAAGACUGGCUCAUUUGACUCAUCUGUUGCCCCUCCACAGCCAUCCAAACCAAAGAGACCAAAUCCCCCUCUCAGGGAGAAGUGCAGAUGUGUGGUACCUUACCCUCCUCAGAGUGACAUUGAGCUGGAACUUAAGAUUGGCGAUAUUGUGUACGUCCACAAGAAGCGUGAUGAUGGAUGGUACAAGGGAACGCAGCAGAGGACAGGAAAGACUGGAUUAUUCCCAGGAAGUUUUGUCGAGAAAUGUGACUAGAUUAGCACUUGUUACCCAUAUUCACCAAAGAAAUGAUACUCGAACAAAGCAAGACAACCUAUCUCAUUUGUAUCCUGUAAUUUCAAAUAUAUGCAUUUCUUUAUUAGAAAUUAAAUUCAAAUGAAAAAGAAUUUCUGGUAAAUUUAAUAUGAAGUUUCAUGUAAUGAAUUACACCAUUGAGAUAAAGUCCUAUGCAAUACUAAGUUAAAACAAAGCCAAAAUCAUGUUGAUUACAAUUUAAAUUCAAGAAUGCUUUCUGUCUUAAUUACAGCAUAUACCCAAUAUUAAAGACGCAUUAUGAAAUAUUUUAUCAAAUUCAAAUUUCUUCAAAAGUUAGCACAAAGCUUAUCCUGGCUAGUGUACCUUCACUUUUAUGUUCAAAUAGAAUAACAAGGAAAAGACAUGUUUCUUGCAGAUUUAUUUUCGAAAAAUGCUUGGUUUGAUUGAAUUUUACCAGCAGCCAAAUACACUUAAAUCGUGACAUUUUUGAUCAUCUGUCUGCUUAGGAAUGGGGAUGACAUCCAGUCAAAGCCAAAGAUGGUUUACAACACUACAUAGCUAAUUGUCUUAUUAUGUUUUUAAAUUUAAAGAAAAAAUAUCACUAACCUGUAAGCUAUUUGAGGCUGCAUCAGUGCAUCAUUCACUCUCAAAACAAAGUAAAAAUAGAAAGAAAGAAAAAAAAGACUACAGUAUUUCAUACAUUAGAGAAUGAUACACCACAUGUCCAGACUGAUGUAAUUAAAGGUGCUUGUCAACGAGAAUUAUCAGUAAAAUAACCUGACUGAUCAUAUUGAUAUUGUCACCAUAAUGAUGUCAAUCUUAAAUAUCUUAAUGAAAUUGAAGGUACAUUAAGUCAAAAAUAGUUCUCAUGCUUGAUGUUCAUAAACUUACUGCCAUUGAGAAGUUGUAAGCUUGGAAAAAUCAACCCACCAUACUCAAAACAGCAGGAAUUGAUGGUGAGCACUUUUUUAUUUUCUUUUUUUUAAUACCAAGCUUAUGAUGUGUAUUGAUUUUUUAACAUAUACCAUGUAUUCCCAAUGUUAAUGAAAUAUAAUGAUCACAGAGUGUUUCUGUGGUGUUAAAAUGGUGCAUAUGAAUAUGUUUGUAACGGUUUCAAUAGUUUGAAAAUAUGUUGUAAGUAAGAUGAAAAACAGGGCUUUCAUGUGUAAUACAAGUGAAGGAGAGAGAAACUAAGUAGCUACUUUCAUUUUAAAUAAAAAUAUAUUUCAUUUAUAUCAUCAGAUACAGGACAUCAAAACCUUUUGAGUUUUAUAGUCUCACAAACAUGUACGAUUCUUUAUCUGCUUCUUUUGUAUCCUUAAGUUAACGACAAUAAAUAAAAAAUUCAAGUCAACUCAUGACAUGUUCAUUACUGACUAUCAAAUUCAAAAGAUAUAAAACAUCUUCAUGUAAAAUACCAGAAAUCCUAGAAUCAUAUUACCAUCAAGAAACAUUGUUAAAAAUCAAUUGUAUGAUUUGUUUAUGAAUUAAUUCCAAUCAAAACCAUACUUUUUACUUAGAUAUACUUAAGUUAUAUGUUUACAUUUAAUCAACUCGGCAGCAAGCAAUCUUUUUAGACUCUAUACAACUAACAGUGAUACCUCAGAGUUUGUUUUCAUCUCUCCAGAGGCUUCAUUUUAUAUCUAAUUAUAUUUUCAGAUUGAAAGAUAACACUUUACAUCGGGAGCUUUUAAGAUUAUAUUUGGCUUCAGAUCAUACACACUAAUGAUGUACUCUCACAAGUGCAGCACUUCUGUGUAAUGAUGAUCCAAAAUGGACCUAUGAUGUGCAUCUUUCUCUUUGAUAUGUACUAAUAAAUAGACUUAAAAAACAUUUUUAAUCUUCUGAAAAAAAAAAAAAAAAAAAAAUAAUAUGAAACAAAAAAUUUCAGUCAUCAACCUUAGAGACCAAUCUUAGGUGAAGUAGAGAUUGAGCAAAUACAAUUCUAUCUAGGCCAUACUUCAAAUAGAAAAUGUCUUUGGUUUGUACAAUAUUUAUCACGUUCCAUUAGUAAAUGAAAGUAUCAACAAGGUAACUUUCAUUAUAGACACACUGUAUAGCAAGCAGGGUACGCUGUCAUUGACCGGAAAGUUCAAGGAAAUAAUAUAUAUGUGUAUUUCUAGUUACACCAUUAGAAUCAUGUUUGCUUGGAUGAUCCAAUGGUAGACUCGCCUUUCAUCUAGGUGACCAGGGUUUGAUGUCCUGAUUGGACAUGCAGUGGUAUGGAGUCACCUGUAGCUGUCCAACCACAUAGGUUUUUCCUAGGUACCACAAUAAGAACCCUCAUGUGCCUCCAUCCAUUUUAACCAGUCUCAUAGAUAUUAUCUUAAGCAUUUUGCAAUUAUUGUAGAAUAGAUGACAAGUUAAGAUAAAUUGAAAUACCACUGUCUAGUACAUAUGGAAGUGCUAUGGUUGUUGAUAACAUAAUAUUUUGAAUGCACGGUACUGAACAUGUCACAGGAAUUGCAGAUUGUAUUAUGCAUUGUAAUGAAAAUGAACCAGACUUGAUCCCUACUGUAUUAAGUUACAUUUUUGGGGUUUCUUAUCAUUGAUCUGUUAAUGGAAGAUCUUGCAGUUAUCAUCACUUCAGUUAUUUUACAGUUAUAAAAUGUAGCUAGAAACAAAUCUAUCUAAACAUAUUAAAUAUGUAUAAUGAUAUUUUCAAAUUGAUUUCCUUUCUUUUAAAUUAUAAAAAAUCAAAGUAUCAUGGUGUUGAUGAUAUUGAAUUCCAAAAUAAUUAUGUUGAAGUUUUAACUUUCAACAAAACAGAGAUUUGUUGUUAAGAUUUAUUAUGAUAACAACAAAAUGUAUAUUAAGUGAUUAUAUGAGUGACUCUUCGUGAUAACGAUGUUUAUUUGAUAAUAAACUCAUUAGGAGUUUUAUUUUGUUGCAAUGAUUCAUGUAGAUUCACUAUGUUAUAUUUCAAAAGUUUCCUUUUUAUAUCAAGUAACGUUGUCUUAAAGACUUCAGAGUAUUUUUACAAAGUGUAUUUUAUGCAAAACGGGAGACCGAAUGAACAACUAUCAAUUAUAAGAUAUAAAAACAUAUAUAGGUAUAUAUAUUUUCUCUUAUCAAAAGAUACAUUUAAUAUUUGAAUGAAAAAGAUAUCACUAUCUCCAAACAGGAGAUGUCAUGUGACAGUUUUGUCUCAAUAUUCACUGCCUUUUCCAUUUUUCAGAAAUCCAAUAUAUGAUUUUCAGGAUUCAUAUCGCUGUUUAUUAUAUUGAAUUUGAAAUGAAAGUUCCUGUGUUGAAUUUUUUCGAAAAUGGAAUCUUAUAUUGAUUACAAAAAACAUUCAUAAAAACGUUAGAAAGCUUAUGCUAAAAGAUUUAUGUAUUCAAAAGUCACUGUAUUCGUUUACUCACGACUGUAGGAUUAUUUUUGAAUUCAUGCACUUUUGAAUUACACAACCUUUUAGUCAAUGCAAUAUAACACCCAUGUCCUGCUGUAUGGGUUUUUGAAAGGAUGUAUCGUAGGUUAUCAAUUUGAGUUUACUGACUUACUAAAUAGGUGACCAGGUCAUGCUAGGUCAGAUAUAGACAUAAAAUGUCAUAACUUGUAAUGUUAUUACAGAUAUAUACCGCUGUUUUUUGUUACUUCAGAUAAAUUGCUUUUAAUUUUGAUUUUCCACCAUUGUUAGAAUAAUGAGAAAUCUGAAGGAAAAUGUGUUACCUAUGAUGAAUAUGAAAAAUCCUACCAUGAUUUGUAUUGUAUUGGAACAUGAUCCUGUAUGGACUAAGAAACUUAUGGCGUACCUACAUUGCUAUGACUUACAAGUAAAGUGAAGAACAAUUUUUUUUUAUCCUUUAAGAGGUUGAUUGCUACAUCAGACAUUACUGUUCAACGCUACAAAUCUAGCAGACAUUACUGUCGAAUGAUACUAUUCACCUACGAGAUUUUUGCUAGCAUAAUCUGGUGAAAUUCACUUCAGAUGCAAGAGUAAGAUAUAGGGAGAUAUGUGUGAAAGGUAUGCUGUGUAACUGGCAGAUAUUGUGAAAGUUGUCUCACUUAAAUGCAAAAAAGGACCUGAGAUUAUUGAUGCAGGAAGAGGUAACUAAAGAUAGACUUUUGAUGGAGCUGAUAUUUGGUGUGAAGCAGGUAAAAUUAUAUGCUUCUAAUUCAAUAUUUUAAAGAGUGUUUGCAACAUUAAUCUUAAAAAGUUGGCAAGUACAAUCUACGAGCACUUUUACAACAUAGUAAUAUACUUUUGAAAAACCGUGAAACUUAAGCACCAACAAAAUAUAGAAUUUCACCGUAUUUAUGGAUUCAGAUUAUAGGUACAAUAUCAGAUAUCAGAUUUCAUAUUCAUCUCUUCUGUAAAAAAAUUAUGAUUGAAAUAUUUUUAAAUCAGAUAGUGUUAAAUAUCAGUUGAGAAUUGUGCAGAGCAAAAAAGUUUUUCAUGAAUUGACGCAGAAAGUCAAUGUACUGCAUUCUCGUAAUUGUACCUGGCUGACUUGUAUAGGUAGUGGUUAAUUUACAGAUAAGAAGCCACAACGUUUUUGUAGAGAAGUAAUGUUAUGGGUUCAUGUCUGUGUAUAACUUAAUUACUACUAACAUAAGUCAGCCCGUUACUCUGACACAAAUGCAAUACAUCUAAUUACCUAAAAGUAUUAAAUGUUGUAAGUCAUUAAAAUGAUUUGUUAAAGACACUUUAUUUGAAUUAGUAAAAAAUUUUAUCUGCCAUAAGUUUAGAAAACCUACUGUACAAUAGAUAAAUUGAAUCAAGCAGCAGAGUUGUAAUCACUUGAUAGCAUAAUCACUGUCAGUGAUGUUGUUUCUGAAGAUUAUGACUUAACAGAUAUCUCUCAAUAAUUAAAAAUCUUUUCAGUGUUUUGUACACUGCACUUCUAUACAUUAAACUAUGGGAAACAGGGAAAAUUAAAUGACAUCUUCAUAGUUAUUACAUAUUUGAUUACUUUAUAAUGAAUAAGACGACACUCAGUGGGCUUUUUACACGUAUACAGUUAACAGCUCUUGGAGAAAUUAGUAUAACAGAGCACAGCUGAGAUAAAUUAUAUUAUAAGUUGUGCACUCCAAAUUCAUUUUGUGGGAUUUUCGAAGAGAUGUAUGAAGUAGUGUGCAGUACUUUAAAAUGAUGAAUGCUGUAGUGCUUAGCUCAUUAAAACCACAGCUGUCUUUUGCAGCAGGCUGCCUUUUAGAAUGACAAAAAGGAUAUUGAAAUGUAGGUAUGAAUAUAUUGGUGCAGGUUUCUACAGGAAAGUGCAGAGUUCCAACAGUAACCCACACACUUGUAUAUUUUUUCUAUAUAUAUUUUAAAUGGUAAAGUUUUAUCUAAGCAAGUUCUAUUGAUACAACAUGGUUAAUGAAAUACUUAAUUACCUCUAAAAGUAUUUAGUCAGUAAUGGCUUUCAACUUUCAUGUUUUGAAAUUGAUUUUGAAAAAUAUGUAUCCUUUAUGUACAUAAAAAUGCAUUCCUUCAGUGAGUGGUAAGACAAUGUCGUUAAUUAUAAAAGCUGACUGUCACCCACCUGUUGUGUUAAAUAUAAACUGCAUUGGAGGUAAUGACUGAACUUUAGUACAGUAAAGGGCUUUUAUUUAAACACAUCAUAAGCUUUUGUGAACCACUCAGUUCCAUCUUUUUGCAUCGACAUCACGUUUUAAAGCAUUUUGAAAUGAGAGAGAACUUGAGCCAAAAUUUACAGUUAUAUCAUACAGUUUGAUGAUUAGAGCACCUGAUGCUAGCACUUCUGUAGUCACGCGUCUGUUCUCACUCUGUAUGUGAUAUCUUUAAAAAAAGAUAAAAAUGCUUAAUUGCUGAACACAUAUCUUUGUGUGAUCUUAAUUUAUUGUAAGGAAUAUAUGUCUAAUCUUCACACCAAUUGUCAGCCUCUACAGUAGUGAUAGGGAGAUUCAGAAUUAGUAGUGAGGUUGCAUGAGGUGUAUGGGAGGAAUGCCUAUUUCAUAGAGCGAGAGAAAGUAUGAUGGAGAAAUCCGGCACAUAUAGCUGUUAAGUUCUCUGUGAAAUGAUGACAUUUACUGACUUCAUGGCAUGCAACAUGUUUCUUAUCUUCAAUCAGUUGUUUUUAUUUUUCAAUUAACUUUUUUGCUACGUUUACUAUGUUUUCUACCAGUCAAUCUGAUUUAAAUAAUUCCACAUUCCAUCACAGAAGGAUUGGAGCAAGGCGGUGGGUUGUUGUUGUUGUAGGAUCAUGAAAGGAUAGAUACGUGUGUGUGGUGCCAGUAAGAUAAAAAAAGAGUAUAUAUAUAUAUAUGGUAGACUGUGUACAUGUAGUUGACAUAGAGGAUCACAGCUGGACUUGCGAUAUUAUAUGAAUAGAUGAUAAAGCCAGUAAGAUUAAUUGCCAAUCAUCAAAAUUAAAUAUGUCUAUUUUGCUGUUCAUUUAAAUUGAAAUUAUAAAAUGGCAUUUAUGGUUGAUAUGAACAUCCCAGAUAUUUCAUACAUCUAGCAGCUAGGUGUAUGUUAACAAAAAAUACUGGAAUGUAAGGAUUUUAAAACAGAAUAUGUAUACUACUUGUUAACCUAAUACUUGUUUGCAUUGUUUGCUUGUUAUCUUUUAUUUAUAAUUAAUAAGGUGUAAGAGUGAUACUAAUAGUUUAAGGAGAAUACAUCGCUUGUUUGUGUGAUUUGUAAGGAAGGGGGUUUGUACCAUGUCGAGAUCUAUACCCGUCUCUAGAGGACCUUAAUGUACUAGCCAACACAUGUUGUGUAAAAUUCCUUUUUUUUUAUUCUGAAGCAAUAGUUUCUGUUAUUUUGCUGUACAUAUAUAUGAAAAUAAAUCUACAUUUCGUUUUAUACUA